AUGGUCUGCCCGCUGGACCUCGCUCUCACCGGAACCGCGUGGGCUCGCUUCCUGAACGAGCUGCUCACGUGCGGGCUCCUCGACGCGGCCCCCUUCUCCUCUUCGGCUGCACUACAGCUGGCGAUCGACCGCCUCGAUGUGUCGCCAGCGGCGCUGGAGGACUACGUGCUCGCGCUGGAGGGCGCGCUGCCCCCUUCGCUCUGCGCCCCCAACGUUGCGGGGCCGCAGUGGCUGGAGGAGGCGCGCGAUGCGGCGACCUACUUGCGCGGCGACGCUGGCCGCCGCAGCGUCGAGGAUAAGCGCCUCUACCUGCUCGCCCCCGGCGCCCCGCUACUGCUCUCAGUCCCCGCCUGGGUGAGGCGUUAA